UGUAUGUUCAGUCAAACCCAUCGACUGCAGGAACCUCAUGAUGAAGAUCAAAACUGAACCUACAGAAAUAAAAACUGAACUUAUAGAAAUAAAAACAGAACCUACGGAAAUAAAAACAGAACCUAUAGCAGAGGAAGAUUACAAUGAGGAUUUUAUUUCGUCAGAUGUGAAGAGUGAAUUAUGUUCGGAUGGAGAAAUAACGUCCUCGACUCUUUCCUGCGCCACCGGUGGAGAGACAUUGAGCUCACAGAGACAUUUAGAGAUACAACACACAGAACAGAAACUCUUCACCUGCACCAGAUCUGAGAUCAGCUUUAAUACCUUACAAGAGAAGAAACUUCAUUCAGAAGAACACAGAGAGAGGAAGCAACAGCACCAGAAGAGGCAGUUUCACUGUAAACAAUGUGGGAAGAAUUUUUUUACAACAACAUCUAAUAUAAACAGACACAUGAGGACACACAAUGAUGAAAAGUCUUUCUCCUGCACUGAAUGUGGCAAAUAUUUCAGAACAAAACACAGUCUUGAUGUUCAUCAGAGAAUUCACACAGGAGAAAAACCAUACGAGUGUCCUCACUGUGAGAAGAGAUUCAGCCACAAACCUGAUCUGAAGAAACAUAUGAUUAUACACACCAAUGAGAGACCGCAUCAGUGCAGUGAAUGUGGAAAAACCUUUAUGUAUUCAUGUUCCUUGAAAUUACACCAGAAAAUUCACUCUGAAGAAAACCCCUAUCAAUGUUCACACUGUAAUAAAGGUUUUAGAAAUAAAUAUCAGCUGAUAGUCCAUGAGGUAAUUCACACUGGAGAGAAACCUCAUCACUGUAAUGUUUGUGGAAAAAGUUUCAGUCACAACUACAUUUUAGUGUCACACCAAAAAACUCAUUUCGGUGAAAAACCUUACAAAUGCUCUCAGUGUGGAAAGACGUUUACUCGAUCGGGUUCCUUAAAAGUCCACGAGAGACUUCACACUGGAGAGAAACCUUACCAAUGUAGUGUUUGUGGGAGGAGUUUUAAUCAACGUGAACAUUUAGUGUCGCACCAGAAAACUCAUACAGGUGAAAAACCUUACGUCUGCUUGAUCUGUGGAGAGAAAUUUGCUUAUUCUGGAAGUUUUCGGAAACAUCAGAAGAAACAUACUGAAGAACAAACUACACUGAAAUCAUCAUAGUGUCUCAAUGUUUGGGAGUCAAACCCAGAGUGCUUUAAAGGUCAACAUCACAUUGAGUUGUCGUGUGGUUUAGUGUUGUAGUAAAGCCAGUGAUAUAUGAUGAUUCAUUUAUUGAAGCCUUUGUGUUAAGAUAUCAAAGGAUUUGGCUUUGAUACAGUGGGGCACAAACUGUAGCCUUUUGGCUUUGGCUCUAUCAUUCAAAAAAUAUUUAAGUUAGAUGAAUAAUUUGUUUUUUACACAAUGAACACACACAUCUCUGCUACAAAUGAACACUUAAAGUUUGUUUGUGGGACCUACCAUUAUCGUACAAUUACACUGAAACUGACAGGAGUCUCUGACAAAACAUUAAAACUUUAACAGUAAGAGGAAAAAGACCAAAAGCACAGAUUGAUCUGCCCUAUAUAAAUAUAUAAAGUUGCUGUGUUACAAUUAACCCCACAUAAGUUUAUGCCCCACUCACCCCAUACCUUAAAAUCUUUGGUGUCCCCAGAGUGCAUAUGUGAAGUUUUAGUUUAAAAUACUUCACAGCUAAUUUAUUAAAGCAUGUUAAAAUUGCAAAUUUUUAGGCCUGAGCAAAAGUGUGCCGUUUUUGGGUGUUUUCCUUUAAAAUGCAAAUGAUCUGAUAAAAUACAAACACUGAUCGCAAUGAUGGUAAUUGUGCUGUCAAGUAUUUUUUAUUUCUCUCUUUUUCUCUGCACUUAAUAGCAGUGCUGUGGUUGGAUAGUGCAGAUAAAGGUGAAAUCUGAACAACCUAAUUUUUCAGACGCUUGCAGAAAAUGGCUUACCCAAACAAAGUUGGGUUGAUCUUUAUUACAUUUUCUAGGUUGAUAGACGCACUGGGGACCCAAUUAUAGCACUUAAGAGUGGAAAAAGUCUGAUUUUCACGUUAUGACCCCUUUAAAUGCAAUGUAAGUUACUAUAAAGUGUCCAAUACAUAAAUAUAAUAGAUCUGAGCAGAAACAUACAUUUGUGUUUUAUUACAUUAUUUUAUUUAUCGUUAGUUGUAUCACUUAUUUAUUUGAUCAUUUUAUCACUUAUUUUCAUUAUUAUUUUUAUAUUGCAUUUAUUUUAUUCAAUCUAGUUAUUCUAUACCAGUGGUUUUCAAACUGGGGGCCGCGAGAUGGUGCCAGGGGGAUCCAGUUUUAUGACAUUUUAUGAAAUACAUUAAUUUAUCAUGAAUUCUGUGUAAUUAAACCUAAAAAACAAGGCUACUAACCAAAAGCACAACUUUUUUGUAUAAUUUUAGAGUUUUGGGGGGCCGCGAAGGAAUGCAUCGUUUAAAAGGGGGGCAGCAUGCUAAAAAAGUUUGGGAACCACUGUUCUAUACUACAUUAUGUUUCUUGAUAUUUAAAUCUUAUGUUAGUGCUGUAUUGUCCUUUUAAUGUUGAUUUGAGUCUCCAAUGGUUUGGUAUAAUACCACCUAAAUCUGCUUCUAGUCAGAAGUUGAUCUGACAAUCAUUAAGAAUGCAACUAAGAUUAUUUAAUGAAGGAUCUUUAUUUUACUCAACAUCACUGUUAGCUUUUAAGUUUUUCGUCUCUGUACGCUAUCUUGUGAUUGAUUUUAAGUAUUAGCUCAGAGUUGAUAUUUAAGUACAGAUUUACUGACUGAGAGAGAGAAAAGUUCAUGAAUGCUUUUCAUUUGAAAGCUGACACUUUGACGUUUAUUGUAAAGUCAAAAUAAUCUUAUGUCUUAAUGAAAAAAAAAUGUGUUAACAUUUCUAGUAACUUUAUAAAACCUAUAUGAAAUGUCUUGAAAUACCUCAUUAA